CGGCCGGGCCGGGCGGGAGGCGCGAAGCAUCCCCGCCGCCGGGCAGCAUGGCAGCUGCCGGGGAGGUGGAGCCAGCCGGUGACCUGCCAGCAUCGCAGCACGGGCACAUCAUCUGCCGGGAGUAAAUCCUCCCUUCUCCCUCUUAUCUGCGCCGGAAAACGCGAGAUCAAGAUAAGAUUAAAAUAUAUUAUUUAAAAAAAUAUAGGUUUUUUAACAGCAGGGCUGGCAGGAGAAAAUCGGAGAGAGGUCAGGUGCGCAGGGCCGCCUCUCCGCCGGCGGCGGGAGGUGCAUGAGGAGCUCGGCCGGGCGCCGCCGCCAUGGAGCACAUCCGGAUGCCCAAGGUGGAAAAUGUUCGGUUACUUGAUCGUUUAUCUUCAAGGAAAGCUGUUCUGGGAACCUUGUAUUUAACAGCUACCCAUGUCAUAUUUGUGGAGAAUGGUUCUGAAACCCGUAAAGAAACCUGGGUUCUCCACAGCCAAAUUUCCUCUAUUGAGAAGCAGGCCACCACUGCCACUGGUUGCCCAUUGCUGAUCCGCUGCAAGAACUUCCAGGUCAUCCAGCUGGUCAUCCCUCAGGAACGAGACUGCCAUGACAUUUACAUAUCUCUGAUCCGUCUGGCACGGCCAGUGAAAUAUGAAGAGCUGUAUUGCUUCUCAUUCAAUCCAAAAUUAGAUAAAGAAGAACGAGAACAAGGCUGGAAGCUUGUGGACCUCAAUGAAGAAUAUAAUCGGAUGGGCGUUCCAAACAACUAUUGGCAGAUUUGUGAUGUAAACAGAGACUAUGGAGUCUGUGACUCCUAUCCUACAGAAGUGUAUGUACCAAAAUCUGCAACUGCGCACAUCAUAGUGGGGAGUUCUAAAUUUCGGAGCCGAAGGCGUUUCCCAGCUCUUUCCUACUACUGCAAGGGUAACAAUGCCUCCAUAUGCAGAAGCAGCCAGCCUUUAUCUGGCUUUAGUGCUCGGUGCCUUGAGGACGAACAGAUGCUCCAGGCCAUUAGAAAAGCAAAUCCAGGAAGUGAUUUCAUAUACGUUGUUGACACUCGGCCCAAACUCAAUGCAAUGGCAAACAGAGCAGCAGGGAAGGGAUAUGAAAAUGAAGACAACUACUCCAACAUCAAGUUUCAGUUCAUAGGCAUUGAGAACAUCCAUGUCAUGAGAAAUAGUUUGCAGAAAAUGCUUGAAGUUUGUGAGCUGAAAUCACCUUCAAUGAGCGACUUUCUAUGGGGCCUAGAAAAUUCUGGCUGGCUGAAGCAUAUCAAAGCCAUUAUGGAUGCUGGCAUUUUUAUUGCAAAGGCUGUGGCUGAGGAAGGUGUGAGUGUGCUUGUUCACUGCUCUGAUGGCUGGGAUAGGACAGCCCAGGUUUGCUCUGUAGCAAGCCUUCUAUUGGAUCCAUAUUACAGAACUAUGAAGGGAUUCAUGGUGUUAAUUGAAAAAGAUUGGGUUUCCUUUGGUCACAAAUUUAAUCACAGGUAUGGCAAUUUAGAUGGUGAUCCAAAGGAGAUAUCACCUGUUAUUGACCAGUUCAUUGAAUGUGUUUGGCAAUUAAUGGAACAGUUUCCCUGUGCCUUUGAAUUCAAUGAGAGAUUCCUCAUCCACAUACAGCAUCAUAUCUAUUCUUGCCAGUUUGGGAAUUUCCUGUGUAACAGCCAGAAGGAGAGACGAGAGCUGAAAAUCCAAGAACGAACAUAUUCAUUAUGGGCUCACUUGUGGAAAAAUCGUGCUGAUUACCUGAAUCCUUUAUACAGGUCAGACCACAGUCAAAACCAAGGGACCCUGCACCCACAGAUAGCUCCAUGCAACUUCUUGUACAAGUUCUGGAGUGGUAUGUACAACCGCUUUGAAAAGGGGCUGCAUCCUCGACAGUCAGUUACUGAUUAUCUGAUGGCAGUGAAGGAAGAAACUCAGCAGCUGGAAGAAGAGCUGGAGGUCUUAGGAGAGCGAUUGGCGAAUCUUCAGAAAUCACAAUUAGGUGAUAAUAAAGUCAAGAGUAAGCAACAAGACCGAAGCAAACAGUUAAGGCUGUCUACUUCCAACAAUAGCUUAGCUAACACUCCCCAGGAGUAUAGCAACGAUCUGAAGUCAUUCCCAUCCCGGAGUCCUUCACAAGGGGAUGAAGAAGAUUCUGCUCUGAUUUUGACACAGGACAACCUGAAAAGUUCUGAUCCUGACCUCUCAGCCAACAGUGAUCAGGAGUCUGGUGUGGAGGACUUAAGCUGUAGGUCCCCAAGUGGAGGUGGCUGCUUGCCUAGUGAAGACAGUGGCAAGGACUCUGAUGAGGCUGUAUUUCUGGCAGGCUGAAACACCUUCACAGCAGCAAGGAUCCAGAUGAAGUUGAGUCUUACACAGUCUGGAAUGACAUCUUUUCAUCAGAUGAAGAAUGGAAGUGGUCUGUAGCCUAAAGAAAUAAUCCAAAGAAAGGGAACUGUGCAAUUGUGUAAGUAAAGAUCUAAGCAGAACAAGUUCAUUAAUUUUAAGACAUAAUGCUAAAAAAGGUAAUAUCUGCUGUUAUAUUUAGUUAAGCUAAUGUGAUAUUUGUUUUAUCAAUGCUGUACAUAAUUAUUCCUUACUUUGUACAUUUCCAUAAUUAUAUAUUGUACAAGAUAAUAGUUCUUCUCCAAAGAUGUGAAAUUCCAAAGUACUCUCUUACACAAGGUUGAAGAUGCAUUAGUGUUAGCCUUACUGGUGAAGCUGUCAAAACUUAUUUUUGUAGAGUUCUUCUGCCUUCAGACAUAUAUUUUUUUUUUCAUAAGAGGUGUUAAAUUUUGAAUUCAAACAAUUAUUUUGCAUAUCCUCCUACUAGAAUUCUUUUCAGCAAAGUAAAACUAACAAAUUGACAUGCUGGCUAAGGGGACAAAUGAAGCUUUGAUCCUGAUAAAAAAAUCCUUUAGUAAGCAGUUUCUGCUGCUGCAUGUGAAUUCAUCCCAUUUGUACUUGGUUCUCAAGCAGUGUUGAAAGUUCAGUAGUUUCUGUGACCAAAACUCAAAGGAAUAGAACAGUAUUCACACAGCCUUUGUGCUAAAGCAUCCCUUUAUAACAAAAGGUACAUUAGGCAGUUUACUCUAGCCUCUUUAUGUUUAGUUCUCAAGUUUGUUUCUAUCUUACCCUAGUUCCAAACCACCUACCUAAAACUCUAAAGGUAGUAAAAUCCUAAAUUCUCCAGCCUAUUCUGAUUCCUACUUGAAAAUGUUUUAUUUGAGUCGAGUGAGGUACACAUACAGUGCAGAGGAUAGAGAAUAUAAAACCACUUACAAAAAUCACUUACGAAAGCAUCACUUUGAAUUUCUAAGUAAAGGAAGGUUGUUAUGCCCAUAAAGGAACUGUUAUAAAGAAUAUUCCUUCCAAAUUCUGUUGUUCAAAAUAAACUAACCAUUAGCAACCAGUUUUUCUGUCUUCACACAAAAUUUCCCUUUUAGUAUUUGCCAAACUGAAGAGCAUGGCAAUACUAAUUUAAGAACUGAUUCAACAUUUACCAGGAAGUUUAAUCUUGUUAUCAUAUUUUUAAGAACAGGAGUAAUAGUUUUCAUAAUCAUCACUACAGAGGUAAACAAGUGAAAAAUGUUUAAAAUUUGGAAUGUCUUGAAACUCACUAAAAAGGUGGCCAAAUUAAGCUGCAAUUCUUCCAAGUUUCUUUUUUAUUUUUAAAUAUUAGUUAAAGCAAGCAGUUAAAAAUAUAGUUCACAUGACUGCUCUUACCUGCUUGGAGACAAUGUGGUAUUGAACUCUAGUAAAGCAAAGUGGUAGUAAUGUUAAGUUUACUUUGAUUGCAUUUCACAUUACUCCUCCAAAUACAGACUUACAGACAGAGUUGUAUUAUAUAAAUAUGCUUCAAUUUAGAAUGGUUAGAUUUUAUUACAUUUAUGGAAUGGUUUUCAUUCUGUUCUGUGAACUUACAUCAUUAAAAGUGAGUAUGUAAACUUCAGUAUUAUUAAUAUCCUCCUAAGGGAGCUGCUGUCUUUGAACAAAUAAUUCCUAACAGCAAGGUUUAUCUUAAUGUUAUAGUGGAAAGGCCAGAUCCUCAAUUUGAUAAAUCCCUAUAGCUCAAUUCAAAUAAAUACAACUCUAAGGUAUACUCUGUUGAGAAUCUAGCCUUCUGUUUUUAAUCUUUAUGAAUUUUUAAUGAAUGAAAUCCCUGAUUUUAAUUGCACUUUUAAAAAUGUUUUGUAUUUUGAACGUAGCCUGUAAAGUUUAUGUUAUUACAGACUUUGAAUGUACUUUCUCAAACUAAAGAAAUAUGCUGCAAAGUCAGAAACGAAAACAAACCACACAAAUAUUCUACCUAAAAAGGAGUUUGAAAAUGGGCAGUGUUAUUGCACAUCUUUAAAAUAUAAAAUUAUAUAUGAUACUGUGUCCUAUUAGACAUGUCCAGAAAUAAAUGCAGAACAGCAAGAUACGCAAAUUCAAAGCACUCUUUGUGUCGCUUAUGCAACUCCAUGUAACUAGCUUUACAACUAAAAUAUUAACAUAUUAACAUUUUCUUUAUCAAGCCUUCACUUAGCAGCCCUCUGUGAUGUGUCUUUCAGCCUUUGAAAUUUUGCAUUAGCUGCUACUGUUUUCACUGUACUGCAUGUAUUUGUGGCAUUAUCAGGCUAAUGAGAAACACUUUCAAAUAAACACUUAGGUGUAAUUUAAUUUUAUUUCACACCAGUGAGUGAAAGAAAGGUUUGCUAUCCUGAUUUGUGUACUGUAGUUUUUCAUUUACUCAAAAGUCACUUUGCCACUAAGAACAGGGAAUUUUUCUAUCUUCCCUACUUUGAUACUUUAAUCCAGUAGUUUUAAGCUGUGGAGAAAUCUACAACUGAUAACUAAGAAAACCAAGACUCUCAACAAUUGUGUUAAUAAUAUGGAAGCAUGUUACAGCCCUGUAUUUAUUUUUCUUAGGAAAUGCAAACCAAAAAAGAUUGAGAAAACCAUACAAUGAACUACACUGAUUUCUUGUAGCCUUGUGCUGCAAACCUUUGCAAAUUUGGCAUAAGCCCACUGUAAUUUAAAAUAUGACACAGAUGAACAUAGCUAAACUGCUGAAAAGGCCUCUCUAGGUUCAGGCUGGUCUUUAGUACGAAAAUGUGCCUCUAAAGGACACUGAAGGGAAUGGGAUCAAACAGCUGAAGCCUUCUCUACAGAAUAUCACCAUCUGAAGCACAGAAGGAAAACCUAUUCACUACUGCUUUUAUUGGUAGCUCUGUACAAGAGAGAAAAAGGUGAUAAACUGCUAAAAAUCUGAGAAAUAGAAUUAAAAAGUUGGAGGGCACAACUCAGAGCAAAUGAUAUCAUUAGAAGUAAGAAGAGAAAAAGAAAAUAAGUAAAAGGAGGGAGGCAGGGAAGGAAAGCUCUUUGUAAAAUCAGCAAGUAAGGCAGGGAACCACAUUCUUUGAAGACGGGGCAAGCCAGAGCACAGGUCCACAUAGCAUAGAAUAUGUUUAAUGACACAAACUAAUAACAAUUAAGCCCCAGCAACAGCUAAGAUAUAGAGACUUUGCAAUGAAGAUAAGCAUGUCAUCACUGUUGACUAGCUAACUUGAUGCUUUCAUGUGGAUGUUGCCCUGAUCUGCACAGAGUUCUCAAGUAGAUCACAAACAUAGUCAAGGUCAGGGGCUGUUUCUGGGUGCAGGCUGAAGGCUGAGUGUGGCUUUUAGGUUGGUUGGUCACUCUUAUGCUCUGUAGUGGAGAGACAGGUAAACACCACAGUGAUUGAAAAAUCCUCCAAGGACAGGAAAGUCACUGACAGUUCAUUUAGGAAGGGAGAAACAUGUGGUGGGUCAUCAGAGUACUAAGACUCAUGAAAAAUCCACCAAAGAUCUAGAGACAAGCGUAUUGCAAACCCUGAAUUCAGAGAGGCCAGAAACACUGGCAGAGUGGGGCAAUAAGAAGGUAAAAUAAGCAUUUAACUUUACCUGUCAUAUUUAAAUUGCCAGUAGAGCACCUGAAAACAGCAAAUCAAAUCAUGCUAAACCUUAAAAUAAAAUAUAGUGGUCUUUUAAUAUAAAUUAUUCUGGAAAGAAGCUAAUGAAACCUUAGAGGUCCACCAGAAUUGUGACUGAGUUCAGGCAAGGACUCACUUUUUUAAGUCUGCUGGUUGCCAAGGUUUUUUGGAUGAAUUUAUUCCCUUUGUGGAGACUAAAGAACACAGUUAUUUUAUGUAAAGUAUUUCCUUAUUAUUAAUAUACUAGCUUUCUUCAUAGCUUAUUACUGUAAGUGUGAUGUCUACAACGUAUCUGACCAAAACAAGGUGCUUACAAAAGCCAGAGAUCCAGUAUGGGUUUUCAAAGCCUGUUUCAGUGAAGGUGGCUCCAAGAAUUACUGCUAUUGAGAGAGUUAAACAUGAAAAGCUCACAUCACUACUCAUGAAGAUAUUAAGUUUCUCCUUGAGCAGCUUACUGCAUCCAUUUCCAACAUAAUUCUGUAUCCACUCAAGAAGUCCUGCAAUGUCAAAUGCCUGACUCUAUCCAUAAGUUAGAUGAUUACAAGCUAUAUAAAAAUCCCAAAGCCUUUAUUUGUAAGUUUAACAUAUUACAGCAUUUACUGUUCAGAAUAAAGACACAAUUACGGCUGAUAA